AUGAACCAACCUUGCAAUGUAAUCUUCGGCCGCGGUACUCCAACCCCACGUACAAGUGAAGGUGGACGUGUUUUAAGGCCGCUUCCAGGGAGAACCAGUGGAACCAUUGCCGACAAUGUCGAUAAGGAACAGCAACGCCUUCACAAGUCAUCCAAAAGUGGGAGCUCCACCGCACAUAAUGCUUCUCCAAAAGCCGAAGUUUCGAAAUCCCAUGUAUGUGGUUAUGGGAAAGGAAUACAUAUGGUGUCAGGUGGUAAUGAUCACAACUCACAUUCUCCACCUCUUAGUAAUGAACCAACAGCUGCAGCUCCGCCUGUGCAGGGCCAAGGAGAUGCAUCACAUGCUUCUCCCAAUGAAGACGACCUCCCUAUUUCGAUGCUAGUCAAAGCAUGCGCAGUAAGUAUUAAAAAAAAGGAGAUAGUUACUUCGGAUAAACGUAAUACAGAGAUUGAGGUUGCUACUGGGACCGGUAAAGAGCCGACUGUUUCUCCAACACAAGGACGUCCAUGUGCUGUAGAAGUUGAGGAAUUGGAAGUGGCUGGCUCUUUCAAACCAUUCAAACAGCUUACACAAGAUAAAGUGAGAGCGUUUCGUAAAACACUAAGUGAAACAUGCGUUGUCUGCUGUAGCUUCCCUUGUCCUUAUGGAGCUACAUGCGGCGGAUGA